AUGGCUUCACAGGUACAAAAGAAGAAGGGAUCCGAAGGAGUCCCUGUGCAUUCUGAAGUGCAAGGCAAAUCCAAACCUCAAGAAACGAUGUCUUCGCUGUCUGAUCCCCAGAAUCAGAAAAAGGGUCCAGAGAUCCCCAAGUCACCGGUGGGAUUACUGAGGAAGAGAGGUAAGGAAGCAAUCCCAAAGAUGCAACCGUCAAUGAUGAUGUUCUCCAGCAAGUACUGGGCACGUCGUGGAUUAUCUCUGGAUUCAGCUAUGCUUGAUCAGCAGCACCUAGGAAAUAAUAUGCUUCGUAGGACAUCCUUUAGUCGCAUAGAUGAGAAACCAGACACAGACUCAGCUUACGAAAGCAGCAAAACAGCAGUGAUUUUCUCUCUGAAGAACGAGGUGGGAUGUCUGCUGAAGGCUCUUCGGCUCUUUCAGGAGAAGCAUGUCAAUUUGGCCCACAUUGAAUCACGCAAAUCAAAGCGAGUUACUACAGAGGUGGAGAUAUAUGCAGAGUGUAACUGCACGAAAAAGGAAUUCAACGAGCUGGUGCAGCACCUUAAAGACCAUGUCAACAUUAUCUCAUAUAACACACCUCAAAACGUGUGGUCUGUAGAAUCUGACUAUUUGGACUGUGUGUGUGUUUUGGGUGGCUUGCCAGAUGUAGAAGGAGUCCCUUGGUUUCCUCAGAAGAUCUCUGAAUUGGACCAGUGCUCCCACCGAGUGCUCAUGUAUGGCUCAGAGCUGGAUGCUGAUCAUCCGGGAUUUAAAGACAACAUCUAUAGGCAGAGGAGGAAGUACUUUGUCGAAGUUGCAAUGAACUACAAAUUUGGCCAGCCUAUUCCACGCAUUGAGUACACACUAGAGGAGGUGAAGACUUGGGGAGUGGUAUUUCGGGAGCUCACUAAACUUUAUCCCACCCAUGCCUGCCGCGAGUACAUGAAAAACUUCCCAUUGCUCACAAAACAUUGUGGAUACCGUGAGGACAAUAUACCCCAGUUGGAGGAUGUCUCUAUCUUCCUAAGAGAGAGGUCAGGGUUCACAGUGCGACCUGUGGCAGGUUAUCUGUCACCUAGAGACUUCCUGGCUGGUCUGGCAUAUCGAGUGUUUAACUGCACUCAGUAUGUACGCCACAGCACUGACCCACUCUACACACCAGAGCCAGACACUUGCCAUGAGCUCCUAGGUCAUGUCCCACUCUUAGCGGAUCCCAAGUUUGCUCAAUUCUCACAGGAAAUUGGCCUCGCCUCUCUUGGAGCUUCAGAUGAAGAUGUGCAGAAGUUGGCUACAUGCUAUUUCUUCACCAUUGAGUUUGGCCUGUGCAAACAAGAUGGUCAGUUGAGAGCUUAUGGAGCAGGACUGCUUUCAUCAAUUGGAGAGCUAAGGCAUGCAUUGUCAGACAAAGCUGUAGUGAAGCAGUUUGAUCCCAAAACCACAUGCUACCAGGAGUGCCUCAUCACAACUUUCCAAGAUGCUUACUUUGUCUCAGAGAGUUUCGAGGAGGCCAAAGAAAAGAUGAGGGAAUUUGCCAAAACAAUCAAGAGGCCCUUCUCUGUCUACUAUAACCCAUACACCCAGAGCAUUGACCUCCUGAAGGACACCAGGAGCAUUGAGAAUGUGGUGCAGGACCUCCGCAGUGAUCUUACCACAGUCUGUGAUGCACUGGGGAAAAUGAACAAGUACCUUGGCAUCUAG